AACGAAACAAAGACGAACGCAGGGAGAAAGGGGCAAAGGUAUUUUCUCUUCUAAUUUCUCUUCUAAUUUGCUGGCGGCGCUCAAGUUAGUAAGUUUACUGGCGGCCAGACUACAGGUUUCCUUUUAUCGGCGGCCGCCACACUCCCUGGGUUCAGCCGAUGAUGGAGGUAAUUUUUCCUUGCUAGCGACGCUCAACUUUUAAUUUGCAAUGCUCCUCAAUUCUGCUUAGGCAAAUGUUGUGGUAUGUUAAUUCUUUAGAUUAGAUUUGAUGCUCAUGUACCUUCAAUUAUCAGUUUAGAACAAACUGCUUCAAUUCCAGUCCAUUCAAGUAUAAAUUUGGAUGCGUACUUAUUUUUGCAAUUGUAGAGAGACAUGUUUGAUGGUCAUCACGCAUCAGGUUUAUAAACAGAUGUUUUCAUCAAACAAAUAACUUUUGAUUUCGUGACGUGAGUUGGCUGAAGUUAUAGUAGAAGACCACUUUAUAAUUUUUUCUUUAUUUUAUUAAUCAAAUACAUCUUAAAUAUAAUUUUUUCAUAAAUCAGCAGAAUCGGUCAAUACAACCAUAUUAGCUAGAACUUUGUAAAUUUCAUCAAAAUCAGCCGAAUCAGCCAAUUCCAGUGUUACCAAACGUUCUCUAAGUAGUAAGUAGGUAUUGUAUUAUUGAUCAAGAAAUUUUAUCAAUUUAGGACCUGAAAGAUAGAUGAACUAUCGAUCUGGACCCGAAAGAUGAAAUGUAUCGGUAUAUGACUCGAAUGAUGGAAAACAUCGAUCUAGGACCUAACAUUUCAUAGGUUUUGAUUUGUUUAAUUUCUUUUUAAUUCCAUUGCUAAUUUUUGAUAAACUUUUCUUCACAAAAGUUUAUUAGUCCUAGAUAAUAUUUAAAAAUUUUAAAAUAAAAAAGAUAAUAAAAUUCAUGACAACUUAGGUCCUAGAUUGAUAGUUUUCAAUCUUUGAGGUCCUAAAUAGAUAGUUUUCCAUCAUUCGAGUCCUAUAUCGAUACAUUUCAUAUGUGAGGUUUCGGAUUGAUAAUUCGUCUAUCUUUGAGGUCCUGAAUUGAUAAAAUUCUGUCCUUUGCUCUUUGUUUUUUUAGUUUAAUGACUUUGCACAUCCUAUGAUAAUGGAUCAGUAGAGAUUUUUUUUAUAGAAUGGUAGGAUGUGGGAAUUUAUAUGGAUGAUAUUGACAUAAGCUUCAGUGUAUAUCAUUUGUGUUUCACACAACUUGCUUUUCUCAGAGAAUGAAGCCAAAAUAUCCUUAUUUGUUUACUAGUGGCUUCAAUCAAUUUUAUUUUCUAAAUAUCCAGUGCAGUUACUCUGACAAAACAUAAAUUUUUUAUGAACCUUUUGUUUGUUGGAUUUCAACCAUCAGAAUCUUAGUAUUACCCAUUAUAUUCACUAUUGGAAUCAAUCAAACCAUUUUUUGAAGAAACCAUGUUUAUUCAAGUAGAAACCACUAAAUACUGGAGUAUAAUCACAUUCUUCAGUUAAAAAAACAAAAUGCUUAAUAUUUGUGAAUUGACUUUUUUCUCCCAUUUCAAUAAAAUGCUUAAUAUUUGUUUGACAUGCUCCUCAGCUUCUAAGCUGGCUUGUAGUUCUUAUUUCUUUUGUUUAUUUUCGUUCACAGGCAACUCUUGGUGAUGCUUUCUUAGCAGAUUUGGAUGAAUUAUCUGACAAUGAAGCUGAUAUUCUUGAUGAUGCAAAUGGGGAAGCUGAACACAUGGAGGAAGAUGUUGAUGGUGAGCUAGCCGAUAUAGAAACACUUAAUUAUGAUGAUCUGGAUAGCGUCUCUAAAUUGCAGAGGACGCAACGUUAUAUCAACAUUAUGCAGAAAGUAGAAGAAGCACUGGAAAAGGGUUCAGAAAACUCAGAUAAAGGGACAAUGGUUCUGGAAGAUGAUCCGGAGUACCAGCUUAUUGUUGAUUGUAAUGCAUUGUCGGUUGAUAUUGAAAAUGAAAUUAUAAUAAUCCAUAAUUUCAUACGUGAUAAGUACCGUUUGAAAUUCCCAGAGUUGGAGUCUCUGGUUCACCACCCGAUUGACUAUGCCCGGGUUGUUAAGAAAAUUGGGAAUGAGAUGGACCUCACCCUUGUUGAUCUUGAAGGGCUGUUGCCUUCAGCUAUUAUCAUGGUGGUUUCAGUUACAGCAUCAACUACAAAUGGCAAGCCACUUCCUGAAGAUGUCUUGCAGAAGACGAUAGAAGCAUGUGAUCGUGCGUUCACUCUGGAUUUAUCAAAGAAGAAAGUCCUCGAUUUUGUGGAGAGCCGAAUGGGUUAUAUUGCACCGAACCUCUCUGCUAUUGUAGGAAGUGCUGUUGCUGCAAAACUCAUGGGGAUUGCUGGUGGGCUUUCUUCGUUAGCAAAGAUGCCUGCUUGUAACGUGCAACUUCUUGGUGCUAAAAGGAAGAACCUUGCCGGGUUCUCCAAGGCGGCGUCCCAAUAUCGAAUUGGAUAUCUCGAGCAGACAGAAAUGUUUCAGACCACUCCUCCGUCUCUUAAGACGCGUGCCUGCCGACUGUUGGCUGCGAAAUCUACCCUUGCGGCACGUGUGGACUCAACCAGGGGAGAUCCAACAGGAAAAACUGGGCGAUCUCUAUUAGAAGAGAUCCGUAAGAAGAUUGAGAAAUAGCAAGAACCACCCCCUGCGAAGCAGCCUAAACCCCUUCCAGUUCCAGAUUCCGAACCUAAAAAAAAAAGAGGUGGGCGCAGACUAAGAAAGAUGAAAGAAAGGUAUGCUGUUACAGACAUGCGGAAGCUGGCGAACAGAAUGCAGUUUGGUGUGCCUGAAGAGAGCUCAUUGGGGGAUGGUUUGGGUGAGGGAUAUGGAAUGCUUGGUCAGGCAGGAAGUGGUAAAUUACGUGUAUCACUUGGUAGGAGCAAGCUUGCUGCCAAAGUAACAAAGAAAUUUAAGGAUAGGAGUUAUGGAAGCAGUGGUGCUACCUCAGGACUGACAUCAAGUUUAAGCUUCACCCCUGUACAGGGGAUUGAACUUUCAAACCCACAACCAUAUGCAAACCAGCUAGGCUCAGGAACUCAGAGUACGUACUUUUCAGAAACUGGGACAUUUUCCAAGAUCAAGAGAACAUAAAUACAUCCAAGUCCUGAGGAUGAUUGAUUGUCAUCUUAAAUAAAUAUCAUGUGUUGAUAUUCUCUGGCUGGCCUGGAGCCCGUGCUUGUCAUCAUAUGUAAGAGAUAGAUACCGGUGCUUUAACUGUGCCAAAUACUUUUUUUUGACGGAAGUCAUUGAUUAGUCCAUCAAGCUUCAUUUUGAAGACUCUACAAACAAUAUCCGGCUGAUCUUCUGCUUAAGAUUUCUUUUAUUUAAAAAUCUUAUAAUUUCCUGCCACUUUGGGUUGCCUGUGAAAGUUAUAAAUAAAUCAGGAUAGCCUAUCCAUCUACAAAUGGCCAUAGCAUCCUGAUAGUUCUGUAUCAUGUAUCUAGCUCCACAUGUAAAAGAAGAUGGGAGAACUAUUCAUUUUCCCUUUGUGGCUGGAUUAACAUCACCACGCAAUAAUGCUUCUGUCAAACCCUUAUACAUUUUGCACCUCAAUUGUUUUUGAUGAGUGCGAAUAUAUCUCAAUCUACUGGAUUCAAUCAAAGUGUAAGAGUCA